AUGCCCACCCUCUCUCAAAUAUGUGAAGUCUUUUGGGGCCUCGUCGGUCCUUGGAUUUUUAUGUCCAAGUCCUUCUACUACCUGCCCCCUACCAUCUUCGGCCUCAUCCGCUCCGCCGACUUCGCCACCCUUCUGUCCCCUUCCCGCCUCCAGGACGUCUGGUUCUCUGCCUUCUGGGCCUGGUGGGGCCCCCGAAUUCGCGUCGGCAACUCGGACCGCAUUGUCGCUCUCCUCGAGGGCCGCGUCACGGGUGGCAGUGCCGUCGAGGACCCUGUCCACUCGCCUGUCGGUGGCGUCGUGCUGGAGAUCGGCCCCGGGUCGGGGUUAUGGGUGAACCUCUUUUCCAAAGGCGGCAAGAAGUCUGAAGCAUCCCAGGGCGCCGUGAGGCGCAGGGUCGUUGAGGGCGUGUCAAAGGUGUACGGUGUGGAGCCCAAUUCCGGCGUUCACCCCGUGCUCAGAGAGCGGGUGCUAGAGGCCGGGCUGGAUGGUACCUAUGAGAUCGUUCCCACGGGCAUUGAAUCUCUCUCCGAUCCGACAGCGUGGAAUGGCAAGAUUGAAAAGGGCAGCGUCGACUGCAUCGUCUCCAUCCUCUGUCUGUGUAGCAUCCCCGAGCCCGAGAAGAACAUUCCAGAGCUGUAUUCGUACCUGAAGAAGGGCGGAAGGUGGUACCUGUUUGAGCACGUCAAGGCGACGCAUAGCCGGCCCAUUCAGCUUUACCAACGUUUCGUCAACCUCGUUUGGCCUCGUGCCCUGAAUGGUUGCCAGCUGUGUCGCGACACCGGAAAGACGCUGAGAUCUGCAGGGCCCUGGGCUAAAAUCGAUGUCUCGCAUCCGCCCGACGAACCGUGGUACCAAAUAGUUCCGCACAUUUUUGGGACCUUCACCAAGUGA